UCUCAAUUAUUACUGAUAAAUUGUGGCUGUUAAUUGGCUAUUCGACGUUUGGCUAUUAACGUUGGCUCAAUGUUGGUCCAUCGUUUCAAAUUUUACUGAGAAAUGGUGGAUAUAUGUUGGCUAAUAUACGCGACGUUGGGCCAACCCGGGGGCCAACCUUGGCUUAACGUUGGUCUAUAUCGUCUCCAUCUUUACUGAUAAAUAGUGCAUGUAUAUAUUGGUUGGCUAUAUGACGUUGGGCCAACGUAGCAAAUACGACCUAGUACCGCUACAUCCGGGUAAAAAAAAUUGCAUGCGUGCGCAUGCCCAUGUGCUCAUGCAAUUGCAACGUACGUCAGCCAUAUCCUGUCCAUUUGUCUGGAUCAGUUGCCGGGGAGUACCAACACUGCAUGAUUCCUCUACCCGUUCAGAUCCAGCUACUACCUCGAUCAUCCAGAACAGCAUCAACAGCACCAAGGACCCCUUCGACAUCGACCCCAUCAACCUCCAGAACACUGUCGACCCCAACGACCCCAUUGACCUCAACAUUCAGAAAUAUGGAUGUCGAAGCUGUACCACCACAAGCUAGACAAGAUUUUGAUUCCGACUAACCCAUUCUUGAAAGGUCCAUUGCCUUAGGAAAUUAAAACUUUUAUGUCUUGUAUCAAGACCCUUUUAAAGCAACAUAAUAACAAUUGUUUCAUAAAUAAAUGCCUCCUUAUAUUUUUUACAAUUUUUUGAAAACCUCUCCAAGUUGCUCGUCUAAUGGUGGACCCCGCCCCUUACAAUUCUCAGAGUUCCUCGGAAUGAUUGACCAAAGGAUUAGUGAUGUUAUAUCAAGAACGAUCUCCGCUUAGGCAAGCUACGGUGCUUGCUAGCCAGCUCUGCAGGCAUUAUGUUUUGUACACAAACAUAAACAAUAACUUUUGUUAUUAAAUAGUGUGCUAUGCAUCUUUACUUGUUAUUUAUUGUGGUGAAAUUUCACUAAUGGCCCAAUUUUAAAAAGAGAGCUAUACCAUGAGUCGAAGAAGGUCGUAAUUGAUUUGAAUGCCUGUAUAACGUGUCAACUAUAAAUGCAUGCUAUAAAGAAUUUCAAAGGUAAGAAAAAAAUGUUUCAUAUAUCUAAGUGACUGAAUGUUUUUCGCAUUACCUUCUUCUCAAUUUAAAGAAAUAUUGAAAGUGGUAUAUCAGAGUGAAGAAACUUGUGUUUUUCCCUUUACAAUCUCUGCUCUUUCUUACUUCACUUUCAAAUUUCCUCUCUUGUUAUAUAAACAUUUAGCGAUUGCUUUACUUCACACAUUCAAGCAAUGUAUACUAUCCCUCC